GUUCCCCGUACUACCUAGUCAGUGUGUAACUGUGAUGUUAAUAUGCUAUUUGCGUGUUUACACCCAUUAAUUCGAUGAUUGGACUGAUUGGAGCCGACAGAGUACAAACUCGUCUACAGCAAAACGAAAGGAUCUGGCUAUUUUAGCAAGCGACAAGCCAUGGAUUGUGAGCGUGUGCGUUAAAUACAAGGAGAUUGAGGUUCCAGCUGUUCCCGGCCAGGUUAAGCUCGUUGGCUUGGAUGCGACUGGAUUGCAGCUGGGGUAUGUCCACGGUAUGGCUAGUGACAAGCCCUCCUGGAGCCCGCCCCCUGAACUGGACAGAUCUUGCCUUGGUCUGGAUGCCACCCCGCUGGAACAGAACCACAGAACACAUCAACAAGUCCCGGCAUCAGAGAGGCAGCAUUCACACCCACACAGCCCAGGGGCCCAGCGCCUGCCCCCAAAGAAGCCCCGCCCGUCUCAGCUCAGCCUGUCGUCCGGCCCCGAGGCCUCCACGGCCAGCCCCUCCGGGGAUGACCAGGUGGUCCCCUCUUUCCAGCGCUUGUCCGUUUACGAGCGCAGCCCCCCUCACACCCCGUCCCGUGCGCCGAGCAGGGGCUCCAGACCCCUGCCCCCUCUCCCGGGCCCUGUGGAGCUGACUGCGGGCCGGCCCGCGGAGGACGAUGUGGAGUUUUUCUCCGGCGUGGAGGACAGCCGGAGACUGGUGCCGGAGCCCUGCCCCAAGCUGCCCCCCCUCCGCCCCAGCGACCCUGCAAGGCACAGCUUCAGGGGCUGUGGCCAGGUCAACCAGGCGUACCGGGAGGGCCCGUGUGGGGCCCAUGUCCCGCUCCAGCCCAGGGAAGAUUGGUAUCAGAAAGCACUGAUGCCGCAGGAGCAGGCCACGCCCUCUUCGCGCGACCGAGCCCAUCGCAGGCUGCGCCGCUCCCAUUCUGGCCCCGCCCUACGGCAACCCUGUGCCCGCCACGGCAACCUCUCCCAGGACAAGCCCCAGGUGCCACCGCGGAUUCCUAUACCGCCCCGCACAUUCAAGACAACUGACCCCACUCGCCGCUGGUCGACAGAAGUAUCCUCCGGACGGCACAGUGAUGAGGACAGACCUCCUAAAGUACCCCCCAGGGAGCCCAUAUCCUCCCAAACUCCCAGCCCCAAGAGCCUCCCCACCUACCUGAACGGGGUCAUGCCCCCCACCCAGAGCUUUGCCCCGGACCCGAAGUACGUCAGCCGCACCCUGCGGCGGCAGCACAGCGAGGGCUCCCCCUGCAUUCUGCCAAUCAUGGAGCAGGGCAGGAAGGCAAGCCACACCCACUACUUCCUCCUCCCGCAACGCCCCGCCUACCUGGACCGGCUGGAGAGGUUUCUACGCGGGGCGGAGUGCGAGCAGAGGUGCCAGGGGGAAUCCGGCCCCGGCUGGAACAGCGUGCCUCACACGGACCUGGUCUAGAGCGGAAACCCAAAUCUGGACGUUCUGCGUCUCCCAUCACUGUGCCGACAGGGCCCGUCUGCCAUAUAUGUCUGCCACCAUUGCUGUGGGAUAACCCGCUAAUGACAAGCACUCGGGCUGGAGGUUCUAUAAUCACAGCUAUAAAUCGAAUCUCUGUCGUUAGUUCGACCUUCAUGCUUUAAGGAGGCGGACAAAUGUCUCUGUUGCUUUGCGGAACUUUUCUGUCGAAACGACCUCAUGAUGCAGCCUCGCAAGGCAUAGCUGCUCAAGCAGUGUUGUGAGGAAAUGAAUGACCCUGGAUUACUAUUUUGGAUAUUUUAUUGUACUUCUAAUUAUUAUUGCUUUUGUUAGUGUUGUGAAAAUGUUAGUGUUGUGUCAUUCUGCUUAUAUUGUGAUGUAGUCUGGUAGGAGCUGGACUUCUACCAGAUAUUUAAUAUUUAUGUUUCUACUACCAAAUACUGUGCCUGUGCUGUUUUCGUCUUUUGUGUUAUGUGGACCGUUUAUUUGCAUGGUUAUUGUUCUUAUGCAGGUGGCUUCACUAAACUAAAAUAUUUAUGUUAUUUAUUUGUACAGGUGGAUAUUUACUGGAACAAGUAUUACCCUUGUUCAAGGGUACAAUGGUCAAUUAAAAAUAAUAUUUAAAACAUAUUUAUGGCAGACCAAAACAUGAAUUCCAUGAAUAAUUUAAAUCAUAGCAUUUAUUUAAACAUUCUCUCAUACAUUUGUAAAUUAUGAGUAACGUUUUUAGGCUUUCAUAUAUUUUUAUGUUGAAGUAGAACUGUUUCUAUUGAUUCUGAGUUGUUCCACCAGUGUCUGUGUGCCUGUGUGUGAGUGCAUGCUUGUGUGUGUGCUUGUGUGUAUGUGUGCCUGUGUGAGAGUGCAAGCUUGUGUGUAUGUGUGUCUGUGUGUGUAGUUUCUGUCAUGACUGCCAUAUUCAGUAAUCACCAUUGUGAGUGUUUGUAGUUCAGACCUGCUGUGUUGUGUUGGUUAAGAAUGCUGAUGUGUCUUGCUUACUUCCAGUGCUUCUUUCCUGUUUCAGAAUUUAAUAUUAAUUAGAUUAAUGAAACCUGCAAUGCUGCUCUGGCUGCUUCAGUAAAUAAUAUGAAAUAUAAAUGUUUUUUUUUUUUUAUAUAUCGAACCUGUUGUAACGUAGCAUGUAACAUGUUUGUUUUGCACAUCAUGUGAAACUUCAUUUUUAAGUCAAACUGUUAUCUGAACUUGGAAUUAACUGACCUCUUCUGCCUUGCUAAUUAUCAUAACAUCUUAAUUAAUAUGACAGAUCUUUCUGUCAACUCAUAAAGGGUAUCCCACACUCGCCAUUAAAGGGGCAUUCAGGAGUUCAUGCUCUAAAGCAAGAAACUACAAUUUAAGUAACUCCAAAGAAUCUUGUACUCCAAUGUUGUUUCCAGAGGAUGUACUUACAGUAUGAUUAAUUUUCACUGUAUUUAAAUUGUUGGCAUUUAUAUAGCGCCUUUUAUUUUAUAAAGCGCUGUACAAUUGAUGCUUCUCAUUCACCCAUUCAUUCACACACUUGCACACCUACAGCGAUUGGCUGCCAUGCAAGGCACCAACCGGCAACCCUCUGUCUACCAGACAACUGCUCUGACCGCCUGAGCCAACGUCAGCCCAUUUAUUAAUCAUAAGCAACAAUUUGACUCCAAUGGGCUCAUAUUGCAUGAAGAAUAAUUGAGUAAUAUGCAUACAUAUGACCUCAGGGGGCAGAAGAUGCUUUGGAGUUACUGGAUGUGUAUUGUAUUGGUUGAGACCAAAUACCCUUGAAUGCCCUAUGCCUGCCUUUGUAAAUGCUGAAACUGUCAAAAACAUACACUAAAAUUGAAACAAUAUAUUUUUUUUAAACCCGGAAAGUGAGCUAUACCUUUAAAAGGAAAAUAGACUCUCCUUACACAAAAUAAUCUAGUGCUCUGCACAUGGACUGUUAAAUAUGUACAAACCAGGCGUACCGGGAGGGCCCGUGUGGGGCCCAUGUCCCGCUCCAGCCCAGGGAAGAUUGGUAUCAGAAAGCACUGAUGCCGCAGGAGCAGGCCACGCCCCCUUCGCGCGACCGAGCCCAUCGCAGGCUGCGCCGCUCCCAUUCUGGCCCCGCCCUACGGCAACCCUGUGCCCGCCACGGCAACCUCUCCCAGGACAAGCCCCAGGUGCCACCGCGGAUGUGCAAAUGUUAAUGUUCAUUUUCUCCAUAUAUGGCAAAUAUUUUGAAGCGGCCAAAUAAUUAACAGAAGACAUAAACAAAAAAACAGAUCAACUGAAUUAAUUCAGUAAAGGGGUGGAGCUUUGGCCAGCAUUUUACAAAAAGGAGACCCAAAAUUUGGCCAUUGCCACACAAAAUAUUUGUUCUCAGACACAGAUCAUAGUUUAUUUUGUGAAGAUUUUGAUUUAUGAACAGAAAUGUAUGAAGACAUUUGAAGACACUUGUGUUAUAAUGUGUUAGUUUGUAAUGAUUGCUGUUUAUGUAUUGUUUGAAAAUUUAUAUCCAUUUAUAACACACUAUAGUCUAGCCUGAAGUGCCAGUGAUGGGUUUAGUCAGUGAGACUGGUGAUGGGAGGUAAAUUAGUCAUUUUAUUAUUCUUUGCUGGGCUGUAGCCAGCCAUUGUUGAUAGAGUAAUAGUUACAUCAAGUAAAAGACUGGCUUGUUUAAGAUAUCUGUGCUGGGAACAAGAAGGUCCACUUUUUGAGUAGGGGUAGGUCGUUUUUUCCAAAAAAGUUGACCAUGAGCAGUAAUGGCUGUUUCCUUGGCUUCACUGCCUGGCCCCUCCUACCCUCCCCAUGCUCUGCAUUAGGAACAUAAUAGAGUUUGGCUACACGAGUGCCCCCUGCUGCUAUGCACUGAUUACAUUAGUGUUUGACUGGAUGAAGACUUUUAGAAGGAGGGCUUCCUUGCUUAAACCUUGAUAUGACUAUCUCUUGCUGUGAGAUUUGCACUGUAGGAACUCAAAUCACCACUGUUUGAGAGUGUGAAGGCAGUACUGAUCCUUUUAGUUGUGACAUCUGGACAGGGCUCUCCUGGUUCUGGGGGCGCUUGGUCCCUUAAGGGACUUAGUUAAGUUGCAGCGCUGAAGGCUUGACCUGAAUAUCAGAAUAUGCAUGUCAUAAAGGCGUGGAUCCUGUCUCCAAAACAAAUUAAAACAUUGUCUUCCUGUUUUUGUGAUGGAGACAAACUUCUUUAACGAAAUGGGUUUUAAAUACUGCCUGUUCAAAUGUAAUUUUUUUGUGUGUAUUUAAUCCAGAGAAAGCUGUUUACAUUUUAGAACUAAUGUGUAUGCCAUUGUAAAAUAAUAUUAUUUAAAAAAGAAGUCUAUUUUUAAUGUCUUAAAUGCUAUAAAUGAAGGCGAGUUCAUCAUUGAGUUGAUUACCUGCUGCACUGUUAUCAUAGUAUGUGGUAUUGUGUACAGUA